AGCGUUGGCGCGCGAGGGCUGUGUUAAUCGAUUGUCCACCCAUCUGUCGUUGACGUUCAAUGUAAUCUGACAAUUUUCAAGAUGAUAAAAGCAAUUUUAGUCUUCAAUAACCACGGAAAGCCCCGGCUCGCCAAAUUCUACACCCACUAUCACGAGGAUGAACAACAGCAGAUUGUACGAGAAACUUUCCAUUUGGUCUCCAAACGAGAUGAGAAUGUGUGCAAUUUUCUGGAAGGUGGAAUGAUUGUUGGCAAUGAAGAUUUCAAACUCGUAUACAGACAUUAUGCUACAUUGUACUUUGUUUUCUGUGUGGACUCAUCAGAAAGUGAACUUGGCAUCUUAGAUUUAAUACAAGUAUUUGUAGAGACAUUAGACAAGUGCUUUGAAAAUGUUUGUGAGCUGGAUUUAAUAUUCCAUGUUGAUAAGGUUCAUCAUAUUUUAGGAGAGCUGGUUAUGGGAGGAAUGGUUCUAGAAACAAAUAUGACAGAAAUACUCACAAGGAUAGAGGAACAAAAUAAAUUAGAAAAACAAGAGGCUGGUCUUUCAGCAGCACCAGCCAGAGCAGCAGCUGCCGUCAAAAACAUGAACCUGCCUAACAUUCCAACACCCAACAUCAGCUUGCCCAAUCUUCCUUCAUUCAAGUGAUGUCUGCCUCUGUCACCUUCAUAUAAAACAAGAUAAUACUAUUUAUAUAGUGAUCACGGUCCAGGUCUUUUUAACCAGAAUUGUGUUUUAUAUGCAAUAAAAAAAAAGAGAAUGAACUCCCUAGCCUAUAUUUACGUUGUGUGUACACGUAAGCUGAAAAAUGGGUGAUGAGUAUUGUGAAAAUGCAAUUUGGAUAUGUUGAACACUAUAUCCAUUUUUUUCUCCACCUUUUAUUUGUAUGCUUCUUUGAUUUUCAUUCUUGUUCCUUAUUGAUUCAUUUAUUUGAUAGUAUAAUGCAGAGAGAUGAUUUCAGAGUUUUAGUUUCUUUAUAUAUUCAAAGAUAUGUACAUGGUACACAUUUACAUGUACAUGUGUGCUUUGUACUAUUAUUAUCAUUUUAGAAUGAGCCACAGAAUCACAUUUUGAAACUUUUUAUCAGAAAAUAUUUCAAUUCUGAUUAUCAAGAAAUUCCAUCACAAAACGAUAUAUUUAUAUUGAAUCUAAUUAUCAAGAAAAUUCCAUUGCAAAGCAAUACAUUUAAUUCAAACUUUAUGAAACCUUCCCUGGGGAGUAUUGUAAUCAACAGAAUGUGCUGAUCCAAUUUGGAAAGUACAUGCUUGUAUUAUGCAGAAUAAAUUCACUCAAUAUUUAUAUGAUAUCCUCACCCUCUGCUGCCCCCAAUAGUCUGGGUAUUUUAAUUUAUUACUCUGAUAGUACCAAGAUAAGAUUUUGAUAUAUACCUGUGACUUUUACCUGAUGCAUAUUUGUGGGGAAUAAUCCAACAAAUGAAGUAAGAUCAAUAUACAUUUGAAUAGAAAUGUGUAUAUAAAAUAUUUUGAAGUUAGUAUUCUUACUUUUUGGCUAGUAUUUACCUAAAUGGAAGAAGGUAGACACAGGAGUGACCCAGUAUUCAUGACCCAUUUUAUAAAAAAUAUAUCUGCUGAUUUUGUUUUGAUUUAAAGAGGCCAAUGUACAGUAUCCAAUUGAAUCAUUUUACACUUACUUUCUCUAGAGUAUUGACAAAUUUCCAUUGGUGGGUUAAGUUUAACAUCGGUUUUGUAGAUUUACAGAAAAUUGCACUUGAUUAUAAAGGUGGUCGCUUUUAGGAAAAGACAGCAAAUUUAUUAUUGUUGUUAUCCUUCAAUUUUUUUAAAGUAACCCAAAGUUUAUUUAAUUUGAUUUCAAUGAAUAUGGGUUGAAUCAUAGCAAGUGUAAAUGAUAUCAUUUGUGAAAUCACACAUUCAUUAUUUGACCAUUAUUUUGGUACAUGCUAAUCCGAGUAUACCUAUAAAUAUGAAUCUUCAUAAUACAUGCAGAAUGUGUUAAGUUUACCCACUAUUGUUAUUUUGGAUUAAAUGUAUUUUCACAAAUGAAUGACAGUAUGGCGCUUUUAUGAAGCAAUUUGUCAGUGAAGAUUCCUUGCAAACUAGAUA